UUUAUUGACUAUAUAGAUCAACAUAGCAGUCAGCGGUUUCAUUUGGACCAUAAUAUUAUGUUCCUAAACUAAAGAAUACCGAAUCGGAAGUGCUUGUUGUAUUCCUUUUCCUGUCAAUGGCAGUGACUUUACAGAAGAAAUAAAAAAAGGAUAUCAGUGGGCUGCCAGUUUGGUGUUACAACUUCAAUAGUUAUAACCACACAUCAUAAUGCCUAUCGAAGCUGUUGAGAAACCCAUAGAAGAAUCUAAGCCUGCUGAAGAUACAGCCUCGUCAGAUUCUGAUGAUGAUGACACUCCACCAGAGCUUGAGGAGCAUGAUGCAGCAGCUAUGCAACAGCAAAGUCAGGUUGCUGCUGCAGCUGGACUACCAGAAGAACUAGUGUCAAAAGCUAAGCAAAGUCGUAGUGAAAAGAAAGCCAGAAAGGCUAUGUCAAAACUUGGCCUAAAACCAGUACCCGGUGUAACACGAGUUACUAUCAGGAAAGCCAAGAAUAUUUUAUUUGUGAUAAGUCGACCAGAUGUAUUUAAGAGUCCAGCUUCAGACACAUAUAUUGUAUUUGGUGAAGCCAAGAUUGAAGAUCUUAAUCAACAAGCUCAAGUUGCUGCUGCUAACAAAUUCAAGACAUUUGACUCAGGAGCUGCUGGAGAACAGGCCAGCACUGUCUCUCAACCCAUCCAAGAAGAGUCUGAGGAAGAAGAGGAGGAGAUUGAUGAAACUGGUGUUGAACAAAAGGAUAUCGAGCUUGUCAUGUCACAAGCCAAUGUCUCCAAAGCAAAAGCAGUCAAAGCUCUCAAAAAUAAUAAUAAUGAUAUUGUCAAUGCUAUUAUGGAGUUGACAAUGUAAAGCUGUCUAUAGGUGUAAAGUGUGUGAAUGUAACUUUUAUAUUUGAUCUGUGUAGUUGCUCUUAUGAUAUAUUAUUUGAAUAUUAAAAACUAUUGAAUUUUCUUUUUUAAAAAA